AUGCCACGCGGAAAGGGUUUCCGUCGGGCCCAGGCGGCGAAGAGGAGAAAUGCUGAGCGUCAUUUGCUCAGGUCCUUCUUGGACUUAGAAGAGGUUGUGCCUCCUCUGAAAAAAAAGGCACCCCACAGCUCUGUAGAGAAUUGUCCAAACUGCCGUGAGGCUCCAAAUGCUUGCCAAAACUGCCGUGAGGCUCCAAAUGCUUGCCAAAAUUGCCAUGAGGCUCCAAAUGCUUGCCAAAAUUGCCGUAAGGCUCCAAAUGAUUGCCAAAACUGCCGCAAGGCUCCAAAUGAUUGCCAAAACUGCCGCAAGGCUCCAAAUGAUUGCCAAAACUGCCGCAAGGCUCCAAAUGAUUGCCAAAACUGCCGCAAGGGUCCAAAUGAUUGCCAAAACUGCCGCAAGGCACCAAAUGAUUGCCAAAACUGCUCCGAGGCACCAAAUAUUUGUCAAAACUGCCCUGAGGCACCAAAUACUUGUCAAAACUCCUCCUGCAAGGCACCAAAUACUUGUUAUAGUGGCUCAAAGGCUGCUGAAGCUUGUCAAAGUUGGAGUGAUAUUAACAGUGAUUUGCAUGUUAUUAUCUCUGAUCCUUUGCCACUGAAAGUCAUACAGGGUUCCUUCCAUCAGGGUGAUUCCCGCUUUGGUUUCAACAGUGGCAGACAGUGUGCAGUAAACAGUGUCACAGCUGUCAUGAUGAGUGUGAUGAAGGAUGUGCUGACCUGGACAACAGAAGACCUGAAUGCUGUUCUGUUACAUGGAGAUGAUCUGUACACAUCUAUGAGACAGCAGGGGAAGAUCAAUGAUGACACCGGCCGGGGACAUGUUUCUAUUGCUGAAUUGCCAACCGUGCACACACUGUACAACACAAUAUUUUCAAUAAACCGUGCUGAAUCUUUCUCAGGUGUUAUUGGUGUUGAUCUUUAUGAUGAAGCUGUACAAAAUGGAACCCCAUUCGAAGGGACGGGUGUGAAAGCAUCUGUAAUUGGUAAGGAUUCAACUGCUGAGACAAGUUCUUGUGAGUCUGGUCAACCAAGCAGCGUUUGUCAAGUUUCGCCUAAAGCAACUGGUGACAAUAAAGUUAGUAGAGGCCCAGAAUGUGUUUGUUGUGUAUGUCAUCGGUUAUUGUUCAGAAAACAGGUUAUUGAAUGUAUAAGAGAUUGUUAUGAACAAAAAGGACACAAAAUAGCUGAUUUAAGCAAAAGAUGUAUCACACUCAAGUAUUUACAUGCAUGUAACAAUGAAUGUAAAUCUAAUUGUUAUUUAUCUGGCAAUUUGUCAUGUAAAUUGUGGAUUUGCUAUACAUGCCAUCGAAAAAUCCUUAGAGGAAAACUACCUGAAGAGAGUGUUGCCAACAAUAUGCAUUUGGUUGAGAUUCCAAAAGAAUUAAAAUGUUUAAAUUCAUUGGAACAACAUCUAAUAGCACUCAAUAUUCCUUUCUUACGUCUUCUUUGUCUGCCUCGGGGACAACAGCGAGGUGUUCAUGGGCCUGUUGUCUGUGUUCCAGUAAAUACUACAAAGAUGACCAACAUUCUUCCACGAAAUGAAUGUAAUGACCAUAUGAUAAAGAUUAAACUGAAACGAAAAUUAACAUACAAAGGCCAUUAUGAAUAUAAAUAUGUCCACACAGAUCAUGUAAGAAAUGCUUUAUGGUAUCUGGUAAAACAAAAUAAAUUGUAUAAUGAUGUGGAGUUUAAUGAGCAGUGGGUCAACUCAUUGAGUGAGCCAGAUGAUAUACAAAGUAAAGCUAAUGAUGAAAUGGAUGAUGAUAAUGUAUCAGAUAAAAGUGGUGAUGAAGUUGAAGAAAGUGAAGAAUUAGAAAUUCAGCCAGAAGAAGACUUAAGUUUCAUUGCAGAGCAAAAUGGUCUUUUGUCAGACACAUCACUACAGCCUGUUGAUAUUGGUUCAGAGGUUAUUGAUCAGCAUUUUCAUGAUGUACUAAAUGUAGCACCAGCUGAAGGUAACAGUCCUGUUAGAUUGUUAUCAGAUAAAACAAAUGAGGCAAAGUGCUUUCCUGUUCUCUAUCCGACCGGUGGUCCAACAUUUCAUGAUGCCAGACCAGAAAAAAUCACAUUGACAAGAUACCUGAAUGCACGAAUACUAAAUGCUGAUGGACGUUUUGCACAGAACACAGACUUCAUUUUUUAUGCACAAUAUAUAUCAGAAGUUGAUCAAAUUGUAUCUAAUGUAUCAAUUGCAUUACGCAAAGGUUGUGAGAAAGAUGAGUUAUCAAAGGUAACACCAGAUAUGCUGACAAAUUCUGAUAACUUACAAAAAAUACUGAAGUAUAAUGAAGGAUAUAAGUUUUUGAGACCUGUCAGAGGGACACCUCCCUAUUGGAUGUCUACACAAAAAGAUCUCUUUGCACUGAUUAGACAACUUGGCAUACCGACUUUCUUUGCAUCUUUUAGUUCUGCGGAUCUGAGAUGGCCUGAAAUGAUGAACACCAUUAUUAAACAAGAGGGUAAACAAAACAUUGUUGAAGAGCUUGAGUGGUCUGAAAAAUGUGCAUUUUUGAGACGAAAUCCUGUCACUGCAGCGAGGAUGUUUGAUCACAGAUGGCAUUGUUUUCUGAAACAUGUCAUUAUGUCUCCAGCUGAACCUAUUGGUAAAAUAAAAGAUUAUUUUUAUCGUGUUGAAUUCCAACAACGUGGUUCUCCUCAUGUUCACUGUCUGUUUUGGGUAGAAAAUGCUCCAAAGCUUAAUGAUGAUGAUGAAGCUAAUGAUCCUGUGGUUGCUGAUUUCAUUGACACAUAUAUCACCUGUGAGACACCACCAGAGCAAGACACUGAACUCUUUGAAACAGUAAACAGUGUGCAGAAGCACAGUACUAAACAUUCAAAAACAUGUCGCAAGAAAAAUACAGUAUGUCGUUUUAAUUUCCCAAGACCUCCAUCUAGCCGUACCUUUAUUACAAGAGCAUCUAAUGCAGAUGAGUCCGAAGGGAAUGAUGAAGAUGAAACAGCAAGUGCAAUUAUAAGGAAAGUUAAAACUGCAUUAAACUCUGAUGUGAAUUUUGAUUCAGUUGAUGCAUUUUUUUUAUUUCUGGGAAUUGAUCAGACUGUGUUUGAGAAAGCAUACAAUAAAUGUUCUAAAAAGAAAAGCAUUGUCCUGAAAAGAAAUACAAAAGAUAUUUGGGUAAACCAGUAUAACAGAGAUUUAUUGCGUGCUUGGCAAGGGAAUAUGGAUAUUCAGUAUGUCACAGAUGCUUUUUCUGUUGUGGUUUAUAUUAUAAGUUACAUCACAAAAGCCGAGCAAGAAAUGGGACUGUUACUUCAACGUGCACAAAAUGAAGCUAUGAAUGGUAAUCUUGAAGCUAAAGCAUCAUUAAAACAAUUGGGAAGCAUUUACCUGCACAACAGAGAGCUUUCCUCGCAAGAAGCCGUGUACAGACUGACAGGCAUGCAUUUAAAGGAAUGUUCACGUAAAGUACAAUUCAUUCCAAUAGGACCAAAUCCUGUUAAGAUGAGUUUGCCUUUGCAUCUACUACAAAAUAAAGUGGAGAAAGACCAGUCUGAUGAUGAAAGCAGUUAUUGGAUGACAAGUGUUGUUGACAGGUACAAGAACAGACCUCAUACAGAACCAAUGAAAAAUCUUUGUCUUGCCAGUUUUUGUUCAGAGUACAGAGUUUUGUCAAAAUCUGAAGUUUCUUCACUAAAGCAAGUUAUUAAACUCAAUAAUAAUUGUGGUUAUGUGAAACGAAGGACACGAACUGAACCUGCAGUUGUGAGAUAUCCAAGAUUUUCACCCACAAAAGAUCCAGAAAAAUAUUAUCAGUCAUUACUUCAGCUUUUUCUACCAUAUUAUGAUGACUGUCAUCUUAAGCCUAGCAACUAUGAGACAUAUGAGGACUUUUACAACAGUGGUGUCAUAAAAAUUGGUUGUACACUGCAUAAAGUAAAAUCAAUUGUUGACUGCAACAGAGAAUUGUUUGAAAAAGAAAGUGACAAAAUAGAAAAAGCUAAACAGCUUUUGGAGCAGGAUAUAGAUUUAGAGGAUGCUUGGGCUGCAAUAUGUCCUGAAACUGAAAGACAACGUCAUGAAUGUAUUGAAAUAAUGAAGAAUAAAGUAUCACCUGAUGAUGACACUCGAGAAGUGAUUCCAGAUCUUACAGGAAACCCUCAAACUGUUUGUACUAUUGAAACCAACCACACUAUUAUGCCAAGAGAUGCUGCAUUGGAUUUACUACGGUCAUUAAAUGAGGAGCAAUCUGCUAUAUUCUAUAAAGUCCGGAAGUGGUGUCUACAGAAAAUACUUGGACAGAACCCUGACCCUUUCAGAUUAUUUAUUACUGGUGGAGCAGGAACAGGAAAAAGUCAUUUAAUUAAGGCAAUACACUAUGAAUCAUCCAGACUAUUAUCUCAGUUGUCUGAAAAUCCUGAUGAUGUUACUGUGCUUUUAACAGCUUCAACAGGAGUAGCAGCUUUUAAUGUUGGUGCUUCAACUAUUCAUAAUACAUUUUCAAUUGGUGCAAAUGUCAGAUUGCCAUAUCAGCCACUCAGUGAUGAAAAAUUAAACUCUUUACGUGUGAGCAUUGUUAAUUUGCAAAUCUUGAUUAUUGAUGAAGUCUCUAUGGUUGACCAUCGUCUGUUGUCAUACAUUCACGGAAGGCUGCGACAAAUAAAACAAACUGGUGAUUACUCUCUAUUUGGAAAAGUCAGCAUUAUUGCUGUGGGUGAUUUCUAUCAGUUACCGCCUGUAAAGGGUACUGCUCUUUAUUCUGAUGCAAAAGGAGUAAACAUAUGGGAAAACAACUUUGAACUUGCUCAGUUAACCAAAGUUGUUAGACAAAAAGAUUCAGCUUUUGCUGAGAUGUUAAAUCGUCUGAGAGUACGUAAAAAAGAUGAAUCUCUUACAGCUACUGACAUUGCUACACUGAAAAAAUGUGAAACAGGGGAGAAAUGUAAUGAUCUUCACAUAUUUGCUACAAAUGCAGAGGUUGAUAAAUACAACAUUGAAAGACUACAUGAAUGUUGCCCAGAUGCAAUUAGUAUAAAUGCUCAGGAUUAUAUCAGAAAUUCAAAAACUGGAAGAAUGGAACGUAAAGUUGGAUACCACACAAAAGUUUUCAACUCAUGUUUGUCUAAAUGUAUUUCCUUGGGUGUUGGAGCAAGGGUUAUGUUAAAGAAAAAUAUUGAUGUUGCUGAUGGUCUUGUUAAUGGAGCUUUUGGUACAGUUGUCCAUAUCAGUGAAAGUCAGAAAAAAGGUGAAGAUAAUGAGGAUUUACCAUCAGCUAUUCAUGUGGAGUUUGAUAAUCCAAUUGUUGGAAAAAUUCAGAGACACAGAACACGUCAGGCAUUUUCUCAGAAUUCUACUGUAAUUAAUGUACAAGAAGAUCAAGUAACAAAUGAUGGUGGAAUAAGAAGGCAGUUUCCACUCAGAUUGGCGUGGGCAUGUACAGUUCACAAAGUGCAAGGACUUACAGUAGAUAAAGCUGUUGUAUCACUUAAUAAAAUCUUUACAGCAGGACAGGCAUAUGUUGCAUUGAGCCGUGUUAGAUCUCUUGAUGGACUGAUUAUUGAGGACUUUAAAGAUUCUGUCAUAUUUUGUAAUGACAAAAUUGAGCUGGCAUUAAAAGAUAUGCCAAAAUUAACUUUGGAAAAGUAUACUUUAAGUAAAUCACUUGGUACAUUUAGAAUAGCACUGCUUAAUGUACAAAGUCUGAAAGCUCAUUUACCGGAUGUUACAUCACAUACAGUUUUGAUGAAUGCUGAUUGUAUUUGUUUGACAGAAACAUGGUUAAAUGUUAAUGACCAAGAACCACAGAUACCAGGAUUUGUGUUCAAAAACAACCCAAGAGCUAAAUGUUAUGAUGACAGCAAUGCACUUUUUACUGAAUUAAAACAUCAGAGAGGAGGUGGAGUUGGAGUUUAUUUUUCUGAAAACAUUGAGUGUAAUAUCUUUGUACCUGAGUGUUGCAACUUAGAGUGUUUGUACUUUGUGCUUCCAUGUGUCAAGUUGACUGCUGCACUUUUGUAUAGGCCUAAUUCAUAUAAAACUGAUUUGUUUCAACAGCAACUAUUACAUGUUUUUAAUGAGAUGGAGAAGCAACCAGGACAAAAGAUAAUCAUGGGAGACUUUAAUGAGGACAUAUUUACUUCUUCCACAAUUUUGAAAGUAAUGGGAGAACAUGGAUACACUCAACAGGUUCAAAAUUCAACAACAGAAAAAGGUACACUAAUUGAUCAUGUAAAUGAAAAGCUUGUCAAUUUGAUCAAGAACUCUUAUGAGGGCAUGGCAUGCAGGGUGGUUCGUGAAGGACAGCUAACAAAGAGCUUCCAGGUUAAAGACGGGGGUGAGGCAGGGCUGUCUACUGUCACCAUUUCUGUUCCUCUUGACCAUAGAUUGGAUAAUGAAGCCUGUCACUGA